UGCUUUGGUUGAGUUCUUGAGCGCCCUGUGGCCCUGUGCCAGCUGAAUUUCAACGUCAGAGAGUCGUGAAAGUAGGAUCUACAAAAAAAACUGAAGCAUCUGCUGAAGCAUCAAGGUAAGACUAGGAAUAUUCUUCGGCCGAAUCAUUAUGUGGAUCAAGAGAAUCGUCACCAUGCUCUCAACCCUUCCUGAGCUCUGCGCAUCUGCAUCAGCUCCCGAACCAAUUUCCAUCACGGAGCUGAUAUUGGGAGGUUCAGUCAUGGUCAAUAUAUCUCCAACGUCAAGGACCUCUCACGCUUGGGAGUCCUUGACCUAUAUCAGUCUCGAAUUCCUCUACGGCAACUUUCCAACACAACUACUCGACCAGGGACUCGAGUUGAUACCUAUUAACAAAAAUCCUUUGAAGAAACUACAAACAAGGCUUGGCCAUUCUGGUAUCCAAUCGAUUUCUGCUGGGACUAUCCAAACCUUGAGUAGGAAGUUGAAAGAGAAGGCGCCGCAUAGUCAUGUUAUUUUCAAUGGGAACUGAUUAAACUAUGUGAAAGAAAAAUCGCAGAAAAGAUCAUCUUUCACAUUGUGCUAUAUGUGUAUAUUGUGCAGGGUGGCUAUAGUCACUUGUUCUCAGCAACAUUACUCGUAUUGCUCGUCUGCGACAUGUUCCGUUUCCACGGUUUCCGUCUUUUCGCGUAUCUUGAUCCGUAACGUCUAAAAUGAAGUGGAGCGACAGGAGAUCGCAUUGUUCGUCGACGUAACUACCG